AUGAUGCCUAAGCACGGCUUCCUGCUGGGCCUCCUCGUCCAUUCCUUCCUGACUGGUACAGGAGGAACUCAGCCAGUCCAUGGAUCUCUGAAGCCUCAGAAGGUACAAUUUAAGUCCAAAAAUUUCCACAAUGUUUUGCACUGGCAGCCUGGGAGGAUGUGUGCUGGCAACAGCAAUGUCUAUUUCGUGCAACACAAAAUGUAUGGACAGAGUGAGUGGAAAGACAAACGGGACUGCUGGGGCAUCCGAGAACUCUUCUGUGACCUGACCAAUGAGACCUCGCAUCUACAGGAGCCUUAUUACGGGAGAGUGCAGGCAGCCUGCCCUGGGAGCCACUCAGACUGGGGCAUGUCACAGCGCUUCACGCCCUUGUGGGAAACAAACAUUGAUCCUCCAGUGGUGAAUAUAACCCAAGCUAAUGGGUCUGCACUGGUUAUUCUCCAAGCUCCGGAUUUCCCAUAUAGAACCCAAACAGGAAGAAAUGUAUCAGUGGAAAAUUACUAUGAAUUAGUAUAUCGUGUUUUUAUAAUUAACAGUUCACUGAAAAAGGAACAAAAGGUUUAUGAAGGGGCUCAAAGAGUCGUUGAAAUCUCAGAUGUCCCGCUGCACUCUGGUUACUGUGUAGUGGCUGAAAUCUAUCAGCCCAUGUUAAACAGAAAAAGUCAGAGAAGUGGAGAAAGAUGUGUGGGCGUUUUGUGA